AUGGAUACCUGCGCUGUUCUGCAGACCGCGGGGUCGUGGUGCGACCUCGAAUCCUCGUUAUGCGCAGCAAAAGGCAUCCAGGGCAGGCCGAAGGACGAUGCAUUACCAGUCACAAGACUGCGUGGAGACGACGGUCGCAUUGUCUCCUGGUCGUAUCACAAGCGGACUGCAAACGACCGAUCGCCCCUGCUUUCCCUGCCGCCAGAGCUUCGGCGGCAGAUAUACGGUUGGGUCUUGCUCAUGACCCCGGUGCGCAACGGAUCGCCUGACCCAGCAUAUCCAGCACCUGAGAUUCGCCGAUGCGAGCUCAGGUGUUUGGCGGAGGACGAGGACGUCAACGAUGACGACGAAACGGUCCGUGGACGACGGCCGCCGAGGCUCCUCUGCCCAGACCGGCCCUUGUGUGGCAUGCCAACGAGCCUCCUGCGGAGCUGCCGCCAAGUCUACGUCGAGGCUCGCCUCAUGCCCUUUGAAGAAAACGAGUUCGUCUUCGUGACGUGGUUCGCGUCGGGGCUGGUCACGGGGCACGCGACGGUGACGGGCCUCCUGCGUCCGUGGCAGCGGCGGGCGAUGCGGUACGCGCGGAUCGAGAUGCUGGGCCACGAGCUGCAGGACGAGGUGGCGCUGCGGACGUGGACGGCGCUGAGCGAGGCGUGGGCCGGGCUCCGCGGGCUCAGGGUCAGGAUCGCUGGCCCUGCGGGCGGUGCGCUGGACGACGUCUUGUCGACAGAGACCAGCGAGAAGCAGGACGCGGACGGGGGAGCCGAGAGGUCAGAGUCAGACUGGGAGCCGGUUCGGCGCGUGGCGGAGAACUGGGCAGAGAAGGGGGCGCUCGCGAGUAUGGGAGACUUGGAGAGGCUGGAGGUCGAGCUGGCGGUGCCAGCGUGGAGCACACGGACGAAGCUCGAGUUUUGCGUUGCGCUGGAGCGGAGGUUGAAGCUAGGAGGCUCGAGCGCCGUGGUGGUUUGCACAACGAGCGGUGUCGCGGGACAUGCGUCUCGGUGA